CAUAAACAUCGAGUUGGUACCCUUUCUGUAAAUUUAAGGUACGUACGUAUAACUUGGUCAAUAAAUUUGCAGUCACUUGAGAUCUCACACUAACCCCAAUAACAACUCCCUUUUUCACUCUUUCACUAAACUCCCACUUCACUCCAAACAAUAAUAUGCAGCUUCCGUCGUCAGCCACCGUUGUCACGGUGGUUCUUUCUCUUUCUCUACUUCUUUGUGUCACUGAAUCUCACAACAUUACUCGCAUUCUAGCUAAACACCCACAAUUUUCCACUUUUAACCAUUACUUAACAACUACACACCUUGCCAACGAAAUUAAUCGACGGCAAACAAUAACUAUAUGUGCUGUUGAUAAUGCUGGAAUGUCAGAUCUACUCUCUAAGCAUCUAUCUAUUGCGUCGAUGAAAAAUGUUCUUUCUUUUCACGUGCUUCUUGAUUAUUUCGGUGCUAAAAAGCUUCACCAGAUCACUAAUGGCACCGCACUUGCUGCCACUAUGUUCCAAGCUACCGGCUCGGCUUCCGGUUCUUCUGGUUUCGUCAACAUUACUAACCUAAAAGGAGGUAAAGUCGCGUUCAGCCCAGCUGAUUACGAUGGUGUUCCUCCCGCCAAAUUCGUCAAAUCCAUUGACGAGAUUCCUUACAACAUAUCCGUUAUUCAGAUAAGUACGAUUUUGCCCUCAAACGAAGCUGAAGCUCCGACUCCAGGACCAAGCGAGAUGAAUCUUACUUCUCUAAUGUCAGUUCAUGGCUGCAAAGUUUUUGCUGAAACUCUUUUGGCUAAUCCAGCUGAAAAGACAUUUGAGGACAAUGUUGAUGGUGGAUUAACAAUAUUUUGUCCUGGUGAUGAUGCAAUGAAGAGUUUUUUACCUAAGUUUAAGAAUUUAACCAAGGAAGGGAAACAGUCGUUGCUUGAGUAUCAUGGAGUUCCUAUUUAUCAAUCGAUUUCGAGCUUGAAAUCUAAUAACGGAGGUAUGAACACGUUAGCUACCGAUGGAGCUAAGAAGUACGCUUUCGUAGUUCAAAAUGACGGUGAAGAUGUUACUCUAAAAACAAAGGUUGUUACGGCGAAAAUCACAGGGACUUUGGUUGAUGAACAACCACUAGCAAUUUUCUCGCUUGAUAAGGUAUUAUUACCUAAGGAAUUGUUCAAACCUGCUCCUACUCCGGCACCAGCGCCGGCACCGGAACACUCUAAGAAUAAACACAAGUCGCCGCCGGCACCUGAAUCUCCGGCGGAAUCUCCAGCAGAUUCACCGGCGGAUGGUCCUAGUGAUGAUUCAACGGCAGAUGAGGAUAACGGCGCUGUUAAGUAUAACGGUGGGGCAUCGAUUGCUGUUGUUUUAAGUAUAUGGUUUGCCUUCAAAUUGUUGAUGUAAGUUUUAAUUUAUUUUCCUUAGGAAUAAAAGGAAAAAAAGAAAAAAAGUUUGUUUUCUUAGGUUUUUAAUUUUAUUUUUUCUUUGUUAAUUCUAAGGGCUUUUAACUUGAAACAAGUUGAGCCAAAAUCAAAGUUUGCAACUGUGUUAGAAUAGCAUAGGUUCUACACUUUCUAUCAGGCUUUAUGGUUGUUUCUUCUUAAGUUUUUUUAGAGUGAUUUUCUUCUUUGUUAGUGUGUCUUUGAUUAUCCUUUCUUAAGUUGAUUUUUAGACUUGGGUGUUGAUUCUGUAAUAUGAAUCAUCUUUUGCGUGUGAACCAUUAAUUAUGGUAAACUUUUCAUAUAUUUCCAUGACCAUCAUAUUAUAUAUUGUCAUAAAAUUUUACUUUUUCCUUU